GUGACUUCAACGUUUCAACGUUCACCGACGCCGUUCAAUGUUCAACGACGAAGCCACUGAUUAAAUUGGUAAAGCAAGCCAAUAUGUCACUGCCACCAGCCUCGGCCUUCAGGCGCUAUUCCGACUUCCACCGGCCAAAAAACUAAUAUGUCAAAAUUCACGAGAAAGAUCUUUCAAUUGUUCUGCCAACUGAAUGAUGCCGCCUACCUACUGGUAGCACACGCUUCCUGGCUGCUGCCAGUGCUAUCACGUUUUGUUAAUGGAGACAAGCUUGACUUGGAAGACCCAUGGUCAUAAAAACAAGAUUUCCUGAGCUGUAUCCAUGUUCCUCCCCCAUUUCUACUCUUUUUUAACCCUCGCGAUUUGCUAGAGGUGAUGUCGCUCCUUGCCCACCAACUUGGUGAUUCGCAGGAUUUGCCUAUGCUUCUAAGUAGCACAAAUACGGCCCCUUUCAAUAAUGACUUGGCCAUUGAUCCUGUCGAGGAUCGAAGCAUAAUUGUGGCGGAUGUUACCACUCAUGUACAACAUGCACCACAGCCUCGGCGUCUAUGGUUCGAUACUAUAUACACGGCCUCUUGCUCGCUGGUGGGCAACCAGGCAAUUGGAUCAAGCAUCUUUCGGCCUCCCGCUCCCAUCUUUAAUCAACCACAAGCUCACCGUGCUUUGCAUCAUGACAGCACUAUUUACUCCAGUUCAUCCCAUAUCAACACCUCCAAUGAGCACCAUAGUACUCAUACUUGCAGAUGGGACAAUGCAGGAACACCCUGCAGUCACGAGUUUACAUUUCAGAAUAUUGUUGCCCACCUUCGCCGAUAUCAUCACAUUGAUGCCGACUCAGACGAAUCGUUCAUCUGCUCCUGGAUCACACCCCACGCCGGCCGUUGUGGGAAGAAGUUGAAGAUUGACGGCUUUAGACGCCAUAUCAUUACCCACAUUGGUGUCAAAUUCAGGUGUUCCGUUUGCAGGAAGAGGAUGGCAGCUCGAAAAGACCUUACUGCCAAGCAUCGUCGAUAUCACGCAGCUUGCUCUCGGGCAACCUUUGAUAUUGUCACAGACUGACACACGAUGACUACGCCUUCUUUACGAUAUGUUGAACGGUUCGGUAUUUUAUUAUGUGAUGUGUCGUCUUGGGGCUGCGUUCAAUGUAUACGAUACUUAAUUAUAGCAAUCUAUGUUUUUUGAUCAGGC